GGUUCGCGCGGUCUUUUUGUUUCGGGACUCCACGCCUCGUGCAGCAGUCACGUAGGUCCUCGUGCUGUGGCUCCGUCCUCGGUGCGGCCCGUGAAGGGAGGGCCCUGGGCGCACGGAGGGCGUUAAAGGACAGGUGCGGCCCGGGACCCGAGGGGCUCCGUAGAGAGGCCGGGCCUCCGCUCGUCCGCCCGGCCGCUGGGCCCCGCGCUGAGUCGGGGCGGGAAGGGCCCCGUGCGGGGCGUUGGCGUCCCCUCCGCUUCCCUGGUCAGAGCCUCCGCGUCACCUUCGAGACUUUUCCCCAGAAGGAGAAGCAGCUCCGCUGUGCGAGUUCCGUUGCUGAGGCCCCGCGCCCUCCGGUUCUCAGGACCUGCGCCCCCGCCGUGUGGCUUGUGCUUGAAUGUUUCCUCCAUUUCCUGUAUUUCCUGCCAGCUGGUAAUUGGGUCCAGAGCAGAGAUUGGCAAACUUUUUGUCUGAAAAGUUCCAGGUGGUGGGAACUUCUGAUCUUGGAAGCUGCAGCCGCUUCGCCUCUGCUUUCCUGGCAUCUUGGAAGUUGAGUCAGCCCACCUACAGGAAUAAACCAACAAUAAGAACUUAAAAGGAGGCCCAGAGCUUCAGACUUCUCCAGCAUCCACCAAGGGAAGAUCAAGAGUGUUGACCCAGUUUCCUUCUAAGGACCAUUUCUACCUUCCUGAGGAAAAGACAGAGGCAGAAAGGAUGGUAACCGACUGUUUGGCUAGUUCUCAGGACUUGGUUACCUUUGCUGAUGUGGCUGUGAACUUCACCCGAGAGGAGUGGACUUUACUGGACCCAGCCCAGAAAAAUCUAUACGUAGAUGUGAUGCUGGAGACCUACAAGAACCUGACCACAGUAGAAUGGGAAUUACAAUUUAAGACCAAAGACUCAGCAAUUCAGCUGGAUAGUUUUGGGGGAGAAACAUCAAAUAGGAUAGAAACGGAAAUUAACCACAAUGGGCCGGAACUCUGUGAUUGUGGGCCAUGUGGAAAAGUCUUCAGUGAACAUUCAUGCCUUAAGACGCACAGGAGGAUUCAGAUUGGAGGGAACACUAAUGACGGUAAUCAGUAUGGACAAAAUUUUUUAACUUUGCACAAGAAAACUUCUACUGGAGAGAAACUUUCCAUGUUUAAUCAGUUGGGAAAAGGCAUCAGCCCAACUCCAGAUGUUGUGUACCAAAAAACCAUGCAAGAGAAAAACUUCGAAUGUGGUGACAGUGGGAAGGCCUUUGUUAAUCAUUCUUAUGUUCAGGCCCAAAUGAAAACGCAGAAUGGAGAAAAUCUCUAUGAAUGGAAGGAAUGUGGGAGAUCUUUUAUUCACUCCACAAGCCUUGGUGUGCAUGUACAAAGUAACACUGGUAACAGUCAUCACGAAUGUAAGGAAUGUGGAAAAUCUUUUAAGCAGUCCUCAUACCUUAAUGCUCACGUUCAAAUUCACACUGCAAUAAAACCCUUUAAACUUAAGGAAUGUGGGAAAGCCUUUAUUCAGUGUUUUGAACUUACUGAGCCUAUAAAAACUGACAUUGGAGAGAAGCCUUUUAUAUGUGACACAUCUGGAAAAGCCUUUGAUUCUUCCUCAAAUCUUUCUAACCAUUCUAGAAGUCACACUAGAGAGAAGCGUUUUCAGUGUAUUGUUUGUGGGAACAGAUUUACCACUUCUUCGUACUUAGUUAUUCACACGCGAAUUCACACUGGGGAGACACCCUACAAAUGUAAGGAAUGUGGAAAAGGCUUUAAACGUUCAUCGCACCUUAGCGUUCACAUGCGAACUCACACUGGAGAGAAACCCUAUCAAUGUAAAGACUGUGGGAAAACCUUCACUCAUUAUUCAAGCCUUAUUUACCAUGGAAAAACUCACACUGACGAGAAGUCUUUUAAAUGUGAUAAAUGUGGAAAAGCCUUUGCUACUUCCUCAUGUCUUAAUAAACAUUUUAGAAUUCAUAGACUGAAGUCUUUUGAGUGUAAUGUGUGUGGGAAAAGAUAUUCCAGUUCUUCCUACUUUAUCGUUCACAAGCGUAUUCAUACUGAUGAGAAACCCUUCAAAUGUAGGGAAUGUGGAAAAGGCUUUAAACGUUCUUGGCACCUUAAUGUUCACAUGCGUAUCCACAGUGGAGAGAAACCCUAUGAAUGUAAAGAAUGUGGGAAAGCCUUCACUUACUGUCUAAGCCUUAUUUACCAUAUAAAAACUCACACUGGAAAGAAGCCUUUUAAGUGUGACAAAUGUGGAAAAGUGUUUGGUACUUCCUCAUAUCUUAACAAACAUUUUAGAACUCAUACAGGACCCAAGUCUUCUGAGUGAAAUAUAACUGGGAAAACAUGUACCACUUGUUCAUACUUUAUCAUUCACAAGCGUACUCACAAUGGAGAGACACUGUAUAAAUGUAAAGAAUAUGGGCAAGUCUUUGCUCAAUUCUCAGGCCUUACCAUAUGAAAACUCAGACUGCAGAGAAGCCUUUUCAGUGUGAGAAGUGUGAGAAAGUCUUUGUUCCUUCCUCAAAGCUUGUUAAACAUUUAAGAUCUCAUGCUGGAGAGAAGCCAUUUGACUGUAAUAUAUGUAGGAAAAGAUUUACCAAUUCUUCAUACAUAGUUAUUCACAAGAAUAUUCAUACUGGAGAGAAACCCUGUGAAUGUAAGGAAUGUGGGAAAGCCCUCGGCAGUCGUCAUUCACUUCAAAGACAUGACAGGACCACACUGCAGACAUGCCCUCCAAUGUAAGGAAUGAGGGGAAGCUGUCAGAAUCUUCUCACAACCCAGCAUGUAAGUACUCAUAGUGAAGCCAUCCUGUUAAGGAACUGGAAAGCCCUCUUUAAUUGUUUCCUCAGUGAAAUGUGUACUUUUUAUAUGUGAGAGAGCUUGUAGUAGAGAGAAAUCUAACUGAUGUAAGAUAUGUGGGAGAAUUGUAUUUCUACUGAUGUUCACUUGUGAUCUCGCCGUGGAGAGAAACUUCAUGAGUGUAAGAAAUGUUGUAGAGUCACAGUUAUUUUCCAUUAGAUCGUUUCCUAUCCUUAAUAAACGUGAUGUGGUUCAGUAAAAGAAACUGAAUAUAGGGGAUAUGGGAAGUGCUACCCUGAGUGUGAAUCGUAGGGUCUUUUGAGAUGCAUAAUGUGGUUCAUUCUGUAGAUCUAGUUAAAGCAUUUGUGAUUAGGCCCUGAGAAUUCUUGUGCGUAGUGUGUCCUUCUUUCUGCUGAUAGCUCAGUUUAGUGGCUACACCUUCCAGGUUGCAACCUAGUCAAUAGAGAGUCUAGAGGAUUCACAUUCAAUCCCCUUCUAACCACUUGGAUUCUCUUGUUGGAUUGAUAUGGUCUUACAUUGUGAUGACAGUGAUUUCUUGAUUGUUUGCAGUGCUCACUGAACUCAUUUACAGCAUGUCACUCUGCCCAAGGUGGUUGGUGAAAUACAUCUGUAAAUUUUGUAAACUUACCUUGUCCCUCUCACAACGGAUCUUUCAGAUAAAAAGUCAGUGUCAAGCAUGUGAUGAAAGGUGAAAAAGUGACUUUACACCUACUAAUGUUAGACAUUCUGAUUUCAUGAGCUUUGUGGCUGAGCAACAACCUCACCCUCUAGGGAGGACUAUUAACCCCUUGCCAUACAGGAAGACAGUGAGAAUAAUGAAUGUUCUCUUUUGCCCCUAUACCUAGUACCACAGCCUUGGAAAACAAUCAUAUCAGUUGUGUGAGUCAAGCAACAGUUGUCGCUGCUGGUAUGACCUGCUACUUUCUUUGUCAUUAUGUCUGUGAACUGUGAAAACAGAAAACCUUAUGUGAAUGUAGCUGGUCCUGAGCUGCUGUGCUUGCUGCCCUCACUGGGACAUCCUGAAUGUGAACUUUGGGUGUAGACACAUUGGCACAACAUCAUUUCAGCUUCAAUGAUACAAGUUCACGUAGUUUGGACCCUCAAGCAGCGUUGGGUUAUGUCACAUAUGGCCAUCAGGCAUGCAACUGCUUGAUGCCACUUUCUUGAGGCUUAGGCAAAACACUGUAUGAUAAUCUAAAUCAAGGGUAACCAUAAAUCUUGAAAAAUUCUCUGUGCACCUUUGUGUUAACUGUUGUUGUGGAGUAUAUCAUGUUGUCCCUCGCUUUUGGGCAUAUAUGUUGUUAUUUAGCCCAUCUAUUGUCUCUUCAAUUAUUGGCAACAACACCAAAGGUCAGCAGAUCAUUCUUAAUCUUUUGUGUGUGCUGUGUCAUAGAUUGGCUUUAGAUGACAUCGUAAUUGCCUGAUAUAAGACCUCAGGGUCCUACCAGAAAUUGUCACAGUUGCUUGAAUCUAGCACCUUGUGGGUAGUGUAUGAGGUCCCUCCUGCAGAUUGGUCUCAUUCUGCUGUUUGCACUCCUAGUGACAGCAUCCUCAAUGAGUGUUGUGUGAGAGGAAUGAGGAGAUUUGGUGCUGGCUUUGGUUGGUCAGUGGAUGACAAAGUGGCAUAUUUAUGUGGGAAGACUCUGAAAGCCAAGAUAAUGUGAGCCAUAUACGCUCCAACACAGAUGAGCCUUUAAAAACAUUCUAAGUGCAAAGAAGCUGUUGAUAAAAGAUUGUAUGGCUUCAUUUAUAUGAAGUGUCUAGAAAAUGUGAAUCUCAGAGACAGAAAGGAAUUUGUAUUUGCCUGGAUAUUCAGAGACAAUGGAAAUGGGAGUCUGACAGCAAAGACUGCUUUUGAACUGAUGAAGUGGUUCUAAAAUUGUGAUGGGUUAGGUAAGUUUGUGCAUAUAGUAAACAUCAUUGAGUUGUAUAGAUUUAAAUGAAUGAAUUGUAUGGUAUGUGAAUUAUAUCUCAGUAAAGCUGUUCCAAGAAAUAGAAGAUUGUUGUACUGCUUACACCAUUGGAAAUUAUGAGCAUAUUAGAUUUAAUAUCUGAGGCAUCUGGAAUUGUAGGAUGCAGCCAACAUUAGCUACCAUUAUACUUUUGCCACUAGAUAUUGAAAAUAUGAAACUUUUAUAAUCAAAGGGCGUGCUACAGGCAUAAGUAAAUAUGUUACUGUAAAGGAGAUUCUAGAUAUGAAUACUGGUAUGUAUAGGAAUUUUGUUGUUUAAUAAAUACGGAAUUACAAAACAGUAGGUCAAGGAUAGCUUAACAAUAAGCACUAGUACCACAGUUGGCCUUUUGGAGGAAGAAAAAUUGGAUCCAGUACCCCCACCAUAUACAAGAAUACACUGGAUGAAGAUUAAAGAUUUAAAUGUCUGUACAAGUAGUAAAUUUAAGAAGCAAAUUAGGAAAUCUCCAAAUACUGUAGGGUUUGAAGAGACGUUUUAAGGCAAGGCAGGAAAUCCAGAAACUAUUUUACAAAACAGACUUCCUUUGGGCACAUAAACAUUUAAUAUUUUGUACAGCAAGAGAUGAAAGAUUAACGUGGCAAAAUAGUUAUUACUUCAAUAGUUGCAUAAAAUACAUCUGACAGUGUCUAUAAGCAAUUCUUGAUAAAAUGCGUUAGUAAAUCACGGUUUAAGAAGAUCUUUAUGAAUUCCACUGUGCCCACCCACUGAAAUCCACAGCAAAGAUAGUUACUUGGGAAACUUUAAAACGCUUCCUAAGUGAACGAUUUCUGGUAUUGUUGCUGUUUCACAGCGUAGUAUGGGAGGCCCUGGACCAUAUGGUAAAAUCAUAAAAAAGGAAACAGUUACUUUUAAAAGAAAAAAUAUUUAUAGACAAUUUUAUAUGAAAAGCACAAAGGAAGCAAUGAUUAGAGUAUAGCAUGGUGUCGAACAGAAAUCAAACGAAAUAAGGGGGAAUAAAGACAAGGAUGGGGUUAGUUGAAUGGAGGAAAUGGGCUUUCCGGGAUUGGCAGGCACGUUACAGGAGAAUCACCGUAAGCGCUCUAGGAGGGUGAGGUGAAGCAGGUGGAAAAGCUUUUUUUGAUGCACAUUCUCGCCUUCAACCACCACCCCCAGUGUAGGCCCCGUCUCGAGCCCUGGUUCUAGCCUCCAUCUUGUCUCACGCUGUUUCUGCCUACAGCCCCGCACCGAGCAAACCGUGGUCCAACCCCACCCAUGCAGUUGUUCAGUUGAAUUUCUCAGUCUGAGGUGGUCUUUCUUGACUGGCAGCCUGAGCCGCAGAGCUCCGCCCCUUCCGUCCCCAGGCAGGAAGCGGAAGUUUGGUCGCUUGUUCAUUGGGAUUUUUGUCCUGCCUGCUCCUGGUAUCUUGGAGACAUAUCUCUUGGUGGUGGUCCAGCCCAGCCCAACUUUGGGAAGGGCAGUGCGAAGUGGAGGAUAUGGGGGUUGAAGGAGGAGUGAAAGUGUGUUUGGUCCAGGUCGCCGAGGGCCUACUUAACAGAGUCCUGGCGUGUGACGCUCGCUCCCGCUGGGGCCCCGCGGCACAUGUGGGCAUUCAUUGCUCACCAAGACCUGAGACACACUAUAUGGGCGCAUGCCUGAGGUCUCUUCAUCCACCGAGCUUCCCUCUUCAGAAGCCUCCAGAGCAACCUUUGUGACUUGUCUCCAGAAGGAAAGGAACCUACGCCAUUGGAAUGACGUUGACUCGGCCCCCGCAUCCUCUGUCCUUGCGGAUCUGGCAAUUCUGGCCUAUUCUGGGGAGCACUGGGGGAAUGUUGGGGGAAGGGGGUCUGUGUUUCCUUUUGUAUACAAAAGAAUGUUUCAUCUGGGAAUUUGGUUGUCUUUGCAUGUCCUUCCUUUAUUUUUGACACAUUAUGUUCAGGUAGAAAGAUACUUUCUUAGAUGUGUAUGAUGUGCAUAUUUCUGUGAAUAAAUAUAAUUGGAGACAAAAGUCUUUUCUACUAAAACGAAA